UCAUCCCUCCUGAGGGCUUACCCCAUCCCUUGAAGAGAUAUCCUCCGUGAUGAAUGAACCUGUUUAAAGCUUCAGUUUGCACGCUAAUAAUCCCCAGCAGGGUGCUGACCCCAAAAGGAUGUUCCUUGUACCUUGGGACCAAAAGGAGGAAGCAUUUUUUGCUGCAGGUCUGAGAAAGGGCAGGCUGGCAUGGAGAAAGAGAAGUUCCAGCAGAAGGCUCUGAAGCAAACUAAGCAGAAGAAAUCCAAGUCGGCUGAAUUUCUGAUGGUAAAAGAAGAGAGAGCAGCAACAGAAGGCAUUGAAAAUCCAGCUUUUAACAUCAGCAGCACAGAUCUUUCAGCAUAUCAGCCUUCAGAAGAGAAAGUUAUUAGACAUGACAAGCCAGAUAGCACCCUUGCAGCUCACCAACAAAAACUCGGGCUGCAAGCCCAUGCUGAACCAAGAGGAAAUGAAUACAGCAGAAAUUACUUUGACCCGUUGAUGGGUGAGGAAAUAAACCCAAGGCAGUGUGGGAUGGAGGUCAGUGAGGAAGAUCCUGUGAAAUUUGAUGAGCAAAUCCUGUACUCUAAACUGAUGAAGCUUCUAGAUGAAGAAAACAAGAUGCUGGACUUCCAAGGCCGUGUCGUCAGUGAAGAUUUUCCGGACGCUGUAAUGCCUGUCAGCUCCAGUAAGGCAUGUGACCUUCACAGGGAGCUUGAAGAUGAAGAGCUUCCUUCAUAUAUCGAACAGUUUGAGAGAGAUGUUCAGGAUGACAUAAUUCUGCUUGGCAGCUUUUCACUGGAACAGCACAAGGGAGCUUCUCACCACAAGAAACAAAAGUGGAGAGACAGGAUUUAUGAACUCUUUCAAAGAGUGGGAAGUCAGCUACUGAAAACAGAGGAGAAUGGAAUUGAAGAAGAAAUGGCAGUCAGCUUUGGUAACCUUGCAGAUGUGAAUGCUGGAUUGAAUGGAGCAGCAGGACCUUGUGGAAAGGUUGACUGCUCCAAGAUGCCACAGCCACUAGAAAUCCACCUCAGAUGCCUGAGGGGAGUCAAAGAUAAGGUCCCUAAAGGCCUCUACACUCUCAAAGUUUCUGUUCUCAGCUGCUUGGGUGGUGCCUUGGUGGAGUGGCCUGAACCGGAGGAGCAGCCUCAGGCCAGGACGACGCAGCCUGUUAGUCAUGGUGGAAACUUCUACAACACUGAAAUCUACUUUGGACAGAGUAUCCAGACAGUUCUACCACAUAGAAAAGCUGUGAAACCAGGCAUGGUACUCCUCUUUGAACUCUUCCUUCUUCGUGGCACCUAUACCUGGAUUGAUCGAGAAAUAAUUAAACUACCGCAGGAUUCAGAUAAGCAAAAUAAGUGUGGCAUGCAUGUUCAUCUGCCUCCCGAACUUCUCACGUGUUCAAGCCCUGCUGAAAAGAAUGGUGUCUCAGGAAAGGUUGUACAGUCUGGACCACAAGGGCAACCUCUGACCUCCCCGAAAGAUCCUGACACCCAUAAGGGAAGUAUUCCCACUGUUGUAAAGGAAGUGGAAAAGCAGUUUAAUGCUGUGAAAGGAGGAGAAGCGUGUGUGUCAGAAGAAGCUGUGAGGAAAAGAGAAGAGCUUAAAAUGCUUCCAGCAGAGGAUUGCCAAGAUUGCCAUGGCAAUGCAGACAAGCACUGUGGCUCUUUUUGGCUGAAGGAAAUCCAAGGAGGACAUCACAAGGUCAGCUGGAAUAACCCACCUGACCAAUGUUAUGAAGAAAACUCAGGUCUCAAGAACAAUGCAAGCCGAGAAGCAGGGAAAACAUCUGCAGAGAGUAAUUUUUAUUUGGAAGACUUGGAGAAAUAUACCUUUUCUGUGUGGCUUGCCAAAGGGAAGAUUGGUGAGUACGAACAAGAAAUUCUUUUGUGA